CUCCGCCCCCGUGCUCCUACUCCACCACAUCGCACACAGCUGUUGGCGUCGAGAGAAGGGUACAGCAAGCUGGCGCCUGGGAAAUAAACUACGCACUGGCACAAAAAUAUACACGACAGCAUCUGGCUGAGAUCCCGAGUAUCCAGUGUCCCCCGACAAACAAGGCUUGCAGCUGCUGGGUCUCGAGCUGAGCGACGGGGCUUCGAACCCACACAGCCCAACACCACUGGCUGGCUACCUACGCCUUCUCCUGCUCCUCGACAUCGACGUAGCGCACGCCCCCGUCCGUCUCAAUGACGAUCUUCGGCCGUGCCUGCAGCCACGGCGGCUGCUCGCCCGUCAGCACCGGCGACGGGGGCCCGCGCUUCGCUUUCGCCUUCGACGUCUUGGUCUUGGUCGGCUUGGACUUGGGCUUGGGCUCUGCGUUCUUCUUCUCGGCCGUGUGGCCAGGCGGUGCGGCUAGGGCGUCUGCGCCGUCGGCUUCGAGGACCUUCGAUUUGCUCGGGAUGCAGCCCAUGGCACAGAACUGGUCUCUCUUCUCGCACGUGCGGUGGGGGUGUGUGGGAUGUGGGAUGCGGUGUAUCUGCGCGAUCGCGGGUGGGCGGAGAGGGAGGGGGAGGGGGAGUGGGUAGGUAGGCAGGUGGGUCGGUCGGUAGGCAGGUACUAGGUAGUCAAGAGAGAAACGCAGGACUGCGUGCCCGGUCAGCCAGCCCGCCAGUAAUCAGCAGGGCGUCGAAUGGCAGCGCCAAUGAGAGAGCGUCCGGUUCCUGCCAACAGUCAAUACGCGUCCUCGCAACCGUUCAUAGGGCUUCCUCCGAGCUUCCGGGAGGGCAAGGCAGGGGAUUGGCCGCGUACGCGAUGAUGAUGUGCUAUAAGUAUGUUUGGGAUACGGCCCCGCUGAUGAGCAGAUAUCUAUCUCUGUUUGAUCCUCUCGUGCGAUCACUGUUUCACCUGCAGCGGCGGCCAAUCGCCAGCCUCGAGUGGGUGUGCGACCAAUACCAAUCAGCUGUUGAGAUCAUGCGCGGGUGCACACUUGGGUUCGUCGUUGUCGCAGAAGUUGCUCGCGGGGCGGUGAUCAAGGUUUUCAA